AUGAAGCUGAUCCUGCAGAACUCCUCCGCGGACGUGGCCACCUGGGCGGCGAAGUACAUCCGCAAGCGCAUCAACAAAUUCAAGCCCGGCCCGGAGCGGUACUUUACGCUGGGCCUGCCGACGGGCAGCACGCCGCUGGGCACCUACCAGAAGCUGAUUGAGUUCUACAAGGAGGGCACCGUCUCCUUCAAGUACGUGAUCACCUUCAACAUGGACGAGUACGUGGGCCUGCCGCGCGACCACCCCGAGUCCUACCACAGCUUCAUGUACGAGAACUUCUUCAAGCACAUCGACAUUGAGCCGCGAAACACGCACAUCCUCGACGGCAACGCCGCCGACCUGGAGGCGGAGUGCGAGCACUUUGAGCAGGUCAUCAAGGCGUCGGGGGGCAUUGAGCUCUUCAUGGGCGGCAUCGGUCCCGACGGGCACAUCGCCUUCAACGAGCCGGGCAGCUCGCUGGCGUCGCGGACGCGGGUGAAGACGCUGGCCCUCGACACCAUCAUCGCCAAUGCGCGCUUCUUCGACAACGACCUCAGUAAGGUGCCCCAGCAGGCGCUGACGGUGGGCGUCGGCACGGUGAUGGACGCGAGAGAGGUGAUCAUCCUCAUCACGGGGGCGCACAAGGCGCUGGCGCUGUCGAAGGCCAUCGAGGAGGGCGUCAAUCACAUGUGGACGGUGUCGGCCUUUCAGAUGCACCCCAGCACGCUCUUCAUCUGCGACGAGCCGGCGACGCUGGAGCUGCGCGUCCGCACCGUCAAGUACUUCCAGGGACUGAUGCGACUGCACAAUAAGCUCAUUGAGGAGUGA